AUCCCAUCUUCUAUUUUAUACUUGUCUACUUUCUUCCAAUUUUGUGUUUAGUGUUUAAAUCAUGUCGUUUUUAGGCCUCAGCACUACCAACAAUCUUUCUUUCUAUGCGAUCCCCGCCGCUUGGGUCCUAGCGAUCGCACCCCACUUCUACGCCAUGGCGCUGUACAACAAAGAACGUGCCCCUGGUACUCCCGCUUGGAGCUUUGCCUCCCCAAAAAGUAACAUUGUCAAUAUCAAAUCCGCCAAAUUAUCUCCUUCUGUCGAAGACGCUUUCCUGAGGGCCGAGUCCGCCAACGAUAACAGUUUCGUAGGAUUACCUCUAUUCGCAGCUGCCAUCGUCGCUGGGAAUGUCGCUCGUCUACCCGUCGAUACUUUGAACGCUGCGGCGGCACUUUACUUGGUUUCGAGGAUCGCUUAUAGCGUCUUGUAUGUCAAAGGGACGAAUUUGCUGGGCGGAUUAUCACGUACCACCGCUUGGCUUACAGCUUCGUUUACCUGUCUCACUUUGUUCGUCAAAGCAGGGAACAAGUUGUACGGCUUUUAAGCUUGUCUAAUUUUUCACUUUGGAUACAUAGUGAUAGCCAUGGCAGUCGGAAAAAGUGUUUAGUGACUGAGUGAAGACCAAUGGAAAUGAUGAAGAUCAAUUGUGAUGAUUCAUCUUGUCAUCUCUAUCUUCGUCAGUGACAUGAAUGCAUUGGGUAUUCCAACAUC